AUGUCCAGGUAUCGUGAAUGGGAUCUUUCCUGCAAAGUGUAUGUUGGGAAUUUAGGCAGCAGUACCUCGAAGUAUGAGUUGGAAUCGGCAUUCAGCAAGUUUGGCCCAUUGAGGGAUGUCUGGGUUGCGAGGAAUCCUCCAGGGUUUGCAUUCAUUGAAUUUCAAGACCCUAGAGAUGCUGAAGACGCAGUAAGAGCUCUAGAUGGUACACGAAUGUGUGGCACCAGGGUUCGUGUGGAGAUGUCAACUGGUAGGAGUCGUCGUGGAGGUUGGGGGCGCAGUGGACGACGCUCACCAACACCACGCAGGCGUUCAUACAGUCGUUCUCGCUCCAGGUCUCGUAGCGACAGCCCCCGUCGUUCUCGUUCAACUUCAAGAGAUAGGCGCUAA